UGCAAAAUCAAAUCCAUUCUACAGUUCUUGUUAUUUGCAUAGCAAAAUGCAAAUUUAUUAAACAAUUGAUUAUUCCAAAGUUCACACUUCUGUUAAUUGUUAAAUUGGUUUAUUUUUAAAUAUAAAAAUCUAAGAAAAAACAAUUUGUAAGCUUUUAAUAAAGAAAUGCGUAAAGCUUUUUAGUUAGGGCUUUGGCGAAAUAAUGCAAUCUACAUUUUUACGUACGAAACCUCGUAUAAAUGUAUUUUUGUUAAAUCAAUUCAAGUGUUUGCCAAGUCCCACGAUAAGUAAUUCAUGUAGUUUUUAUACUCAACAAAUGUUGACAUCCUCCAUAUCGUCCCCUUCAUUAUCCUCGAUCAACACCAACACGAAUAACAUGGAAAUACCAGUACAAACUCAAAAACUCUUAAGACUCUCGCGUACCAUUGUACCCAAAUUAUCGGAUUGUAAGCAUAAGGGCCAGUAUGGACGUAUAGGAGUGGUAGGUGGUUCUUUGGAAUAUACCGGUGCUCCAUAUUUUGCGGCCAUCUCGGCUCUAAAAGUUGGAGCCGAUUUGGCUCAUGUGUUCUGUCAAAAGGAGGCGGCCGUAGUCAUUAAAUCCUAUAGUCCAGAAUUAAUUGUUCAUCCACUACUCGAUGCUGAAAAUGCAGUGGAAUUGAUAGCUCCCUGGUUGGAACGUUUACACGUGAUUGUCAUUGGUCCUGGGUUAGGUCGUUGUCCACUUAUACAAAAGACUGUCAUAGAACUAAUUAAGGUUUGCUUACAAAUCGAAAAACCUUUAGUUAUUGAUGCCGAUGGUUUGGCUAUUUUGAAUGAUCAUUUAGAUUUGAUUGAGGGUCAACGUAAUAUCAUUUUAACACCCAAUGCUAUAGAAUUUCGCCGUCUAUUUGGUACAGUAGCUUCGCCGGCCAGUGAGAGUGAUAAAUUUUGCAAAGAACGCAUGACCUCAUUGGGCGAGGGAGUUAUUGUACUCGAGAAGGGUGCUAAUGACCGUAUACACAUACCCAAUACCUCUGAAAUAUAUGCUCUGCCACCUGGUGGUUCGGGCAGACGUUGCGGUGGUCAGGGUGAUUUAUUGUGCGGUGCAUUAUCCAUCUUUUUCCAUUGGUCUCUGGAGUCGAAUCAAGCUAAUCCCGCAUUUUUGGCCGCCUUUGCUGCCAGUUAUUUAGUAAAGCAAUGUAAUGCCGCGGCAUUUCAGAAGCAUGGACGUGGCAUGUUGGCCACCGAUAUGAUUGGCGAACUGCCGUCGGUAUUUGCUCGAAUUUUUGAAUCACCCGACGGUCAUGGAUGUUAGCAUUGGUUAAUUGGCGGUGAUAUUGAGUUUAACACCAAUGUUUAAUGAUUUUUUUAAUAUUAAUAUUACAAUGAAAAAAUAACAAGCAAUAAUAAUCCCCUUUUGUUUAUAGGUUAGGUUUCCAAAUACAAUAAACUUCAUGUCGAUAAUACGUAUAUACUCUUAUAAAAAUAAAAUUUACAUACAUAUAUUAUAUAUUCUAUAUA